AAACAACAACAACAAAAAAGGUACGCGCUUCCGCACAGAGGUGUGGCGAGCAGUUUCGCUUGCGACACGCCCAGAAAACACAGCUUUUGCUGAUGGGGAGUGAAAACAACAUAUUGACAGGGGCAGUGUGGACGAUCUAAAGAGUUUUAUGGAAUGAAAAUUUGCAGAGACCUUACUGAGACAUUAAAGUCCAAUAUUCUUUAGAGUGAAAAGCUGUAUGAUCAGGGAGCUUUAAGGACAAAAGCUUGUAGCCACAGUGGCAAUUUCAAAAUACGUCUCCUUUGUUUUUCUCCCCAGACGUCUGCCAAAAAUUAUCAUUAGAGUCUAUGGGAGAAUUUCGGGAUCUCUCUGAGCUUUGAGGUUGAUAGCGAAUAAAGUAUAGGUCUGUGUCAUGUUUCACGCCAUGUCCUGUUGUCUGUCAUGUUUCACGCCAUGUCCUGUUGUCACACUACUUCCUGUUUUAUUUUGUUAACUUCCUGUUCACCCAGUCGUCACUCUCCGGUUCCCAGUAUCCACCCCUGUUACCAAUCAGUAAUCAGUACCAGUAUAUAGUCCCACCACUCACAGACUCCAGUUGCCAGAUUGUUGAGUUUGAGUUUCAUGAAGUUUCGUUAGUUCCUAGUUGCAUGUGUUUCCUGAGUGUCUUGAGUUUCCUGAGUUUCCUGAGUGUCUUGAAGUUUCCCGUGUUUCGUGUUCCUCGUGUUUUGUUCCGGUUUUGCUUUGCACCGUGUAUCCUGCCUGACCCUGGACUAACUAACUGACCGUGAGUUUUGCCUUAUCCCUGCCUGUACUUUUGCCGUGACCACCUGUGUAUCAAACCCUACUUGUAUACCGGACUCGAGAUUGCCUGCUCCCCUUUGUUCUUUGUCGCUGAGCCUUCCUGUGUAUGACCUGGACCGUCUGACCUUGCCUUGUCGAAUAAACCCGUGUCUAAUCAUUAUCUCGCCUCCGUGCUGUGCAUGUGGGUCCGCCGCCUGCUUCGAGUCUGACAGAACAAUCUAGCCAAACUUGGACCCAGCCAGCACUCAGCCUCCGGUCAGGUCAGUGACUGUUUUUUCUUGUUUUUUUUUUUACGGCGAAUAUUAUUCACCCGAGGGAGCAUGGAGUUUACCUGCACCGAGUUACCUAGCGACCUCCAAGUUUAUUUUAAAAUCCUCGCGGAGGAUUACCGACGAGCGCGUAACCCGGAAAACCAGCGCAGCGCCGUGGAGGUGGCGAUAUUGACUUUGGAGGACGAGGACAGCGUGUUAGAGCGCCCCAGUGUUCGUCGCCUCUAUGAGCGAUUGUGCGCAAGGUUCAAUGAGCUAAGCGACGCGCUCCACCACGCCAGCGCCGGUCGCACCACCGAUGGUUUCGGUUUCCUCCUCUCAGCCCCGUUGGACCGUCGCGUCUGCACCAACCUGCCCAGCCCCAUGUUUGUUCCGCUGGGAGGAUUUCCUGCACUCACGCGGUCCCCCGUCUCCAGCCCAGCCGCGCGCUGUUCAGUCUCCAGCUCAGCCGCGCGCUGUUCAGUCUCCAGUCCAGUCGCGAGCUGUUCAGUCUCCAGUCCAGUCGCGAGCUGUUCAGUCUCCAGUCCAGUCGCGAGCUGUUCAGUCUCCAGUCCAGUCGCGAGCUGUUCAGUCUCCUGCUCAGCCGUGUUUUGCCCAGUCCCCAGCUCAGCCGUGUUUUGCCCAGUCCCCAGUUCAGCCGUGUUUUGCCCAGUCCCCAGUUCAGCCAUGCUCCGCUCAGGCUCCAGUCGCCGUUCAGCCUCGCCACGCUCAUGCUCUAGUGCAGCCCGGUCACGCCCAGGUUUCAGCCCAGUCGAGCCCAGUCCAGGUUUCAGCCCAGUCGAGCCCAGUCCAGGUUUCAGUCCAGUCGGGCCCAGUCCAGUCUGGCCCAGUCCAGUCAGGCCCAGUCCAGUCUGGCCCAGUCCAGUCUGGCCCAGUCCAGUCGGGCCCAGUCCAGUCGGGCCCAGUCCAGUCGGGCCCAGUCCAGUCUGGCCCAGUCCAGUCGGGCCCAGUCCAGUCAGGCCCAGUCCAGUCGGGCCCAGUCCAGUCAAGCCCAGUCCAGUCGAGCCCAGUCCAGGUUCCAGCCCAGUUGAGUCACGUCCAGGCCCCUGUUCAGUCCGGUCACGCUCAGGUCCAGUCGAGUCUAGCCCAUGUUCCAGUCCAGUCGAGUCACGUUCCAGUCCAGUCGAGUCACGUCCCAGUCCAGUCCAGUCACGCUCAGUCCUUGUCCCAGUCAAAGGGCACCGUCCGUCUGACGACUGUUAGUUCCACCCAAUCAGGCCCGACGUCUCCUCCGUCGAGCGCGGCAGCUGUAAGCAGUCAUGCCGGCUCCGGAGGGGACGCCGUCCCAGUCCCUGUCGGCCAUGUUGCGGCCGUUCCAGUCCCUGUCGGCCAUGUUGCGGCCGUUCCAGUCCCUGUCGGCCAUGUUGCGGCCGUUCCAGUUCCAGUCCCUGUCGGCCAUGUUGCGGCCGUUCCAGUUCCUGUCCCUGUUUCUGUCGGCCAUGUUGCGGCCGUUCCAGUUCCAGUCCCUGUCGGCCAUGUUGCGGCCGUUCCAGUCCCUGUCGGCCAAGUUGAGGUCGUUCCAGUCCCUGUCGGCCAAGUUGAGGUCGUUCCAGUCCCUGUCGGCCAAGUUGAGGUCGUUCCUGUCCCUGUCGGCCAAGUUGAGGUCGUUCCUGUCCCUGUCGGCCAAGUUGAGGUCGUUCCUGUCCCUGUCGGCCAAGUUGAGGUCGUUCCUGUCCCUGUCGGCCAAGUUGAGGCUGCCCCAGUUCCCGUCCCUGUCGGCCAAGUAGGGGUCGUUCCAGUCCCCGUUCAUGUCGGCCAAGUAGAGGUCGUUCCAGUCCCCGUUCCUGUCGGCCAAGUAGAGGUCGUUCCAGUCCCCGUUCCUGUCGGCCCUGUAGCGGUCGUUCCAGUCCCCGUUCCUGUCGGCCCUGUAGCGGUCGUUUGUAAUGGAAAAAUUUUGCCUUGUGCUGUUUCUUAUCCAACACACUCGUCAUGUGCUGGUUAGGUGCAAUACUGAACAUUCUUACACAAACAAAUAAUCUCUUGUGCCCUGACGUACAUCAAGUCUAAACAUCUGAUGCUCCAUUUGACUGACUAAUAAUUUCUGAUAUAUGUUUGUCUUUUACACCCGGACUCUGGCUCCAUCCUAUCUGACUCCCCACCAGACCCAAGGCUGUUAAAGCAAUUGCAUCUUGUCUUGGAAGCUCGGUGUUCCUUCCUUUGGAUAACAAGACAUGACGAUGCAGAAGUGAGAAAGCAAACAUUCUCACUCACAGCGAGAUAAGGUGGCGCAAACAAUUCCAUUGCUGCAGAGAGACAUUCCACCAGAGCCAGAGAAAGGGGUUAAAAGGCAGAAGCAACUUGAGGAUCGUGGGCUCUUUGCAUCACACCAUGCAUGGUGUGUGCACUGAUCUCCCCAGCUGGUUUUUGGUUUGUUGAUGUGCACGAUCAACAUCCAUGCUUUUUAUUUGCUUUCCCCAUUAUUUUUAAUUUCCUUUAUUAUUUCAAUAAAUCGCACAAAAGGACAACUCUCUCUCAUCUACUUCUUUAUGGAAAAUUUCCACCACAGAAAUUGGCGUCUACGAACAGGAUCCCGCGGCAGGUCGUCUGGACGGUGUGACCAGGGACGAUAGUCCUGAGGACUAGUGUCGCUCAGCCUCCAAACCUCUACAGACAUUCAGAGCUGGGAGGACUGCUCACCCGUCUGGAUCGCCUCUGACGAGAUCCACGAACUCAGAUUCAAACUCAAAUCCUAAUUUGGCUCGGCUCGGUGAGAGAGAUUCCUUUGAUUUGGGAAAAACAAAAAGAUUGGAACUUUUAUUUUUAAUUUAGCUGAAACAUUUCAAUUGGUUGAAAAAAAGGGAAAGAAAUCUUCUAUUUGGUUGAAACACUAAAUUUGAAAAAGGAAAAUUAAUUAGAUCGAGAAAAAGAGAAAAAAAAAAUCCCAAUAAUACAUGUUCUUAAUUAGGUGAAAGUUUGCUCUGGGUGGUGAGACGUCGGUUGCUAAGGGUUGGCUCGUGGAACCGAGCUUCCGUCUGUACUGAGGAUACAGACAUGUUUUUUUGAUCUGUGCGUGGUCCACACGUGGGGGACUGAGUAUAAAAGACGGCUUCUGAAAGAGGGAGCGCGUUUGCAGAGUGAAGUAUUUUCAAGAUACGAGGGACCCGGGCCUAGAGGGGCCUAACGUUGAGGAAAUACUUCGUGAAAGGCUCUGUCGCCAGAUCAGAACUGAGCGCGAUGAGGGUAAAUCCGGAUCUGGACUCCUUUCCCACCAUCAGCAGAAGAACCGAAGGAGAAGAAGCGCCUGAGCAACAACCAGAACAGGGUGGAAGCUCCACAGCAGCUGGAGGACACAGACCACAGCAUGGACGCCUCACAGACUCCCACAACGUCUGCAGCCAUCACGUUCUGGGCUCAUCAGAUGAACCAGCUACUACAAGCGUGUGUGUCUGACACAGACACCUGCUUAUGACAAUCAGCAAAGGAAAACAAGGACAGAGCAACAGCAGAGAAGACGUGCUCUGACACAGACACUGGUUGAAACAACAGGAGAGGCUUCAGACGUGAUCGGCCCAAUAGAGCUGCAUGCGAGGAUCCAGGAAAGGUCUGUCGUCGAGGAACAACUGUCCCAUUGAAAGGCUUCACCCGCUGGCGCUCACAUCAGACUGAUGGUUGGGGAAGGAGGAAGGUGACGGUUCCUUUUCACGUGACGUACAAGACGGUACCGCAAACACACACACACACAUUCAUACACGCAAUGAAGAAACACGCUUACAGCUGAUACACGCUCAAAUUCAUGUUCAUGCUUAUCUGCUCGCAAUGAAGAAUCGCUUUUUGCUCAAAAAAAAAUCCCA